GAUGCUGUCAAAAUGAUACGCUUAAUCCAUAUUGUACUAAAUUCAAUAGUUUUGUUCUCAAUGACGCACGCCUCUAUGCUGGAGUUGGGGCAUGGGACUGGGACGGAUGCCAAUGCCACAAGGGCGGUGCCGAAGCUACUUAGUCGUCAAAAGCGUUAUUUGGCAUUUCCGGAGGGAUCGUCGGUUUCGGCGGCAAUUUGCAUGACCAUCGGUAUGAUUGGUAAUCCCGAUGUGGACUAUCUUAGUUGGGCCGUCAACUGGGGCGUGGCCUAUAAUCUGCCCAAUCAUAAUUGGGUUAAACAGCAUGCACAUGGCUUUGCGAAUCUCACCAAGCCAAUGGUGCAGCGCCGGUCGCGACGCAGCUUUUAUGAUGAGAUACAAUCCUCCUUUGAUCACAUGGGCUUCAAUGGACGUGCCUGCUUGGCUCGUGCGCUCUGCGAGAGUGCCAAGUUUAUGCAUGCUCCCGGCCAGCGAGGCAACAUGUUGGAGGAGUUGGUGCGCACCGUGCUUAGCAUGCCCUCAUCGCCAGUGACGGAGCAUGAGCCGCCGGCUCAUCAUCACUAUGACCUCAUUUAUCGGCGCUCCAAGCGGCAGUCGCGCGACUGCCACGAGCUGUAUCCGGGCUGUCAGUUUUCUCUGUUGGCGCUGGCUCUGGGCAAAUAUGUGGCAGCCCCUGCGCAGUUUACCAAAUAUAAUUUUAUGUGAAUAAAAGUUAAAUAGCUUA